UCAUAAUCAGAAUCAUGAAGAGCUACACACAGUUUCUUGGGUUUGUUCUUGUAGCUCUUGUCCUGGAAGUGGGCUUGGCCCAGGACACUCCAAGGACAAUCGUCACUUCUGAUUUCUUCAAUACCCUCCUUCCUCAAGAUGGUUGUGAGGGAAAAGGCUUCUAUAACUAUGAUUCCUUCAUAUCCGCCGCAGAAAGUUUCAACGGCUUUGGCACCACCGGUGGCACCGACGUUCAAAAGAGGGAGUUAGCUGCUUUCCUUGCUAAUGUCAUGCAUGAAACAGGAAGCUUCUGCUACAUAAAUGAACAAAACCCUGGCAGCAACUACUGUGAUCAAAGCAACCAGCAAUAUCCUUGUGCUGCAGGAAAAAGUUACUUUGGCAGAGGACCACUGCAGCUAUCAUGGAACUACAAUUAUGGUGCAGCUGGCCAGGCCAUCGUCUUUGACGGCUUGAACAACCCAGAGAUCGUGGCCCAGGAUCCCAGCAUAUCUUUCAAGACAGCGGUGUGGUUCUGGAUGUCCAACAGCAACUGCCACCAAGGGAUCACCACAGACGGCGGCUUUGGCUCCACCAUCAGAGCCAUUAACAGUGGUGAGUGCGGCGGAGGAAAUUCAGGAGCAGUACAGUCCAGGGUCGGUUUCUACCAGCGGUUCUGCGGGCAAUUCGGCGUAGACCCAGGCCAGAACAUCGACUGCUAGACAUUGGCCAUCACUCACAUGCUAUUAGAGACAUGUACCACAUCUAAGCAUGUUCUCAUUUAAAUAAAACGAUACUAUACGUGAUCAAUAAAGUGAA